CAAAGUUGCUCUAGUUUUUUCACGAUUUUCUACAAUUUAUCCACAAAAUAAACGCACAGAAAAUGCCAAGUUUCUAUAAGUUGGACAUUAACCGCACCGAGUGGGAAUUACCCGACACGUACCAGCAGCUACAGCCUGUGGGCUCGGGCGCGUACGGUCAGGUCUGUAAGGCCUUAGUUCGCGGCACUAACACAAAAGUGGCUAUAAAAAAGCUGGCACGCCCAUUUCAAUCCGCCGUGCAUGCAAAGCGCACCUACCGCGAACUGCGGCUGCUGAAGCACAUGGACCAUGAGAACGUUAUUGGAUUAUUAGAUGUUUUUCAUCCCGGCCAGCCAGCCGACUCGCUGGAACAAUUCCAGCAGGUAUACCUGGUCACACAUUUGAUGGAUGCCGAUCUUAAUAACAUCAUACGCACGCAAAAGCUCUCUGAUGACCAUGUACAGUUUCUAGUCUACCAAAUACUUCGUGGCCUGAAGUAUAUUCACAGUGCUGGUGUCAUCCAUCGGGAUCUAAAGCCAUCGAACAUUGCAGUGAACGAAGAUUGCGAACUACGCAUCCUUGAUUUUGGCCUCGCAAGACCUGCUGAAAGCGAGAUGACGGGCUAUGUGGCGACACGUUGGUAUCGAGCACCCGAAAUAAUGUUGAAUUGGAUGCAUUACAACCAGACUGUGGAUAUAUGGUCUGUUGGGUGCAUUAUGGCAGAGCUUUUGACUGGACGAACACUCUUCCCAGGAACCGAUCACAUACAUCAACUGAACCUAAUUAUGGAAGUGCUUGGCACACCAGCUGAUGAGUUCAUGAGCAAGAUUUCGUCGGAGAGCGCGCGUAAUUAUAUAAGGUCGCUUCCUGUAAUGCCGCCCCGCAAUUUCCGCGAUGUAUUUCGUGGUGCCAAUCCGCUGGCCAUUGAUUUGCUUGAAAAAAUGUUGGAGCUGGAUGCGGAGAAGCGCAUAACGGCCGAGCAAGCCCUAGCACAUCCAUACAUGGAAAAGUACCACGAUCCCAGUGACGAGCAAACCUCAGCGCUCUACGAUCAGAGCUUUGAGGAGAACGAGCUACCCGUUGAGAAAUGGAAAGAACUUGUCUUCACCGAGGUGAUCAGCUUUAGGCCGCCCCAGGCGUUUGCCGAACUGCUUCAGCAAGCGCAAUAGUUUUCGGUACUAUUGCUAUCCAUGCUACAUCAAGUUUUGAGUUUCUGGUGUUGCUGCUGCACAUACAACGAUAAUAACGAAAACGACCUCAAUAUUGGGGCUAAUUUUAGUGAUGACUUUUAAUGCGUCUUAUAGUUCUACGGGAGCUAAAAUUGGAAUAGCUGUUUAUCAAUGAUGCUAUAAAUUUAGAUAACCAAAUUGAGUCUUUACAACUUAAUCGUAAAUGUUUCUAAAACAAUGUCUUUGCCUUAAUGUCCAGUUAAACUUAUUGGUGUUGGUGUUGUUAAUGUCGAUAUGUAUUUGUAAAAUUAAUAUACUGUCUGUGUAAUCGAAUGGCCGCUCCAAAAGCAUACUUACACAUAUGUAUGUAUGUAUGUAUGUAUGUAUAGAUAUGUAAGAUCUAUAACCACAAACAUAGUUCAUAAGUUUACGCAAAGCGCGGCCAGCAACUAUAUAAAUAUAAAACAUGAGUCAAAUAAAAUGAAAGUGCUUUGUUUAUUUAA